AUGCCUCCGAAGCGCACGAAAAAAGCUACCUCGGCAGCAAAAAACCCACCAUCUCCCCCACUGUCCGAGAAGAAUGCCACGACAACACACGCACCCGAGGCCGAGCCCAAACCCGAGCCCGAGCUCGAGUCCACUGACCAUGCCAGCCCACCCAGCUCCCAACAAAGCGAGAUAACGGACACCAUCGCCUUCGAAUCAGACGAAGAAAUGCCCGAGGAAACCGAACACACCAUCACCGAAGAAGCAGCCAAACAGAAAAAACCCGGCUACGCAGGCGGAUACAACGCCCUCAAGUCCUUCAAGGGACAGGUAUACUCCGGAAUGGCAGUAGGCGGCUCACACACCUGGACCUACGACGCGGGAACCUGGAAAGAAACCAAAGAAGAGCCGGACCUCUGGCGGAUCGACUACCAGUACCACUGGCUGAUCGUGGCGCAUCAGCAUGUGAAGAAGGUGGAUGCGAACACCUACGAGACGCACUUGACGGGCUCAAAGUACAAGCUGGCGUAUAAGUCCGCGUCGUCGAACUCGUGGUCGAUUCCUACGGUGAAGAAGCAGCGCGAGAGGGAGGUGGAGCUGCUUGAGGAUGCGAAGCAGAGGGUUCAAGGGCUGCCGCCGGUGUUGGCGGCGGAGAAGAUCAGGGUGGAGAAGCAUGAGAAGGGGCAGCAGAGGUUGGAUAGCAUGUUUACCAAGGCUGGAAGUGCGGAUUCGGGAUCGAAGAAGAGGAAGAUUGAUACGACUUAG